GUGUCGCUGCGUGAGUUGCGCUUUUGCGUUCGAGUAUUCUCGAUCAUAUGUAAGUAACCAAGGUGAACCAUGCUACUACUACGCGGUGUGCAUUUAAUCAACAUUGCAGCGCUAUCGCUGCCUUUAUUACGACCGGUAGCGGCAGUCGAUUCAUUCUUCGCUAGUUGCUCGUCGGCAUCAGAUACCUGUAAGGUAGGCGAAUCUUGUGUAAUGGCAGAACUCACGAAUCCCCCGAACCCGAAAGAAGCAAAGUCGAUCUACGACUUCCAAGCGCGCGACAUUAAAGGAAACGUCGUCUCCCUCGACCAGUACAAGGGCCAUGUGUGUUUGAUCGUAAACGUCGCGUCGCAAUGCGGCUAUACCAAGAAUAACUACGCCGAACUGCAAGAGUUGUACGACGAAUAUGGCGAAUCCAAGGGGCUGCGAAUUCUCGCAUUUCCAUGCAACCAAUUCGGAGGGCAAGAAUCCGGCAACAAUGAAGAAAUAUGCCAAUUCGUCGCGAAGAAGAACGUCAAAUUUGACAUGUUUGAUAAGAUAGACGUGAACGGCGGAGAUGCUCAUCCUCUCUACACGUAUUUGAAACAUAAACAAGGCGGCAUCCUGGGCGACUUUAUCAAGUGGAACUUCACCAAGUUUAUCAUCGAUAAAAACGGCCAGCCCGUCGAACGACAUGGACCAAAUACUAAUCCCAAAGAUAUGGUGAAGUCGUUAUUGAAGUACAUGGAUGCUUAAGUUACUGACCCAUCAUUAACUUUUACGUGAUGUUCAAGCAAUUGCAUUAGCAUUUAGAAUUAUGCAAUGUCGCUAUUAUAAGAUGUAUGUUAUGUUAAACUUUUUAUUAUACUGAUGAAAAAAGUUGAAAAAUACAACAAAUUAUAUUGGAAUAUAUGAAUAUGUACUGACAUUUUAAA